UGUAUUUCUCUGCGGCUGAAAGCACGCUCCCGCAGGGCGCGCCGAGUCAUUGCGCCUGACGCAUGUAUGGAACCACGUGUCACUGACGUCACGCGGGUUCUACUCAAACGGCUGUGGAAAUAAAGACGGGGCUCUUUCCCCUUGAUGGCGUUUUGGACUACAGUCGUCUCCUGUCUUUCGUCGAUCACGCACUGAUAGCGGCGGCGCCGAUACGACAUGGUGCCAGAAGUGAUGCGAUCGAGCCACUUUUAAAAGCAAUUGAAAAGGGCGUCGAGACGUCGUCAGAAAGGGAAGCUGCAAUGGCUACUGCAUCGCCGCCGGCUCUUCAUCAGCCGCCACCGCUGGACUUCGACGCUACCUCAGAGUGGCCGGCGUGGAUACUGCACUUCGACGACUAUCGCUAUGCGUCGGGCCUGAAUGAGCGCCCGGAAGAGGCACAAGUACGCACUCUGCUUUAUACCAUGGGUCGACAAGCAAGGGACAUCUUCGCCACCUUCAAUCUUUCUGCAGAAGAUUCGAAGAAAUUUGAGCUGGUCAAAAAGAAGUUCGACGAUUACUUCAUCAAGGAGAGCAACGUUGUCUACGAGAGCGCUUGCUUUCACAAGCGGCACCAGAUGCCUGGCGAGUCAAUUGACCAGUUUAUGACUGCUCUACACGUCUUGGCGGACAAAUGCGACUUCGGAGAAUACAAGCAGCGCCUCAUCAGGGACCGGUUCGUCGUGGGCCUGCGGGAUGAAAAACUUUCCGAGUCGCUCCAAAUGGAUCCCAAGCUGUCUCUCGCAACAGCUCUGGCGAGGACCCGCCUAAGAGUCAAUUGA